AUGUGGAUUCCUUUACUCUUUUGUUCUCUUAACUUAAUUUGGAGGGUUUCAGACUGCAUCACACCGGAACCUUGUUUGUUUUCUCCACAUACCGAUGGAUGUGGAAACCAUGGCUGGAUGUGGCGAUGCGGACACCGUAACCUAUCUGUGAUACCCAAUGGUCAGCACAUACCACCAGAAUAUAAAAGGACAUCAUUGACAUUGGAUUUAUCCGAAAACCGCUUUACCGCAAUAUCCUCGGACACAUUCAACACAAUUGGCUUUGUUCUCCGGUUGCGCAUCACAUCUCUUUCCUUACGGGGCAAUCCUAUUCAAUCUAUUGGAAACUUUUCUUUUCAGCCUCUACAGAUUCUUUGUGAAUUGGAUCUUUCCAGCUGUCGUCUGCAUAUGACAUCAUUUGAAAUUAAUUCGCUUGCAAAUCUUAAUUAUCUGAAAAUUUUAUGUCUUCAUGACAAUUCAUUUCGGGGAAGCGGAUACCCCGAUGUUGCUAUUUCAAAGGCAAGGAAAACAGAAAACUUGACAAUUGAUGUGUUUGAUGGAUUUCAGUUUGGUUCGUCGUUUCAGAAUUUAACUAAAAUGAGCAUCAUCAAAUUUUUCACUGGAAGAUCUAAAUUCCAUCUAACCAAUUCCACUUUUCGCGGGUUGAUAAAAUCUCCUAUAAUAAACCUGGAAAUGAUAUUUAGAUACAGGGUAUAUGGUGAUGUCAGUGAAGAUAUCUUUUGCUCUUUCCCAUUUCUGAAAGGGGUGCAUAUUCAGUUCGGAGGAAUGUGUGAUAUAAGCGUAGCAUUAAAAUCUUUAAAGUGUCUACAAGGUCGAACUAUGGACCUCAUUGCUGCUAACGGAAAUGAGCCAAUGAUUGCUAAAAAGGCACUCUUUCUUGAUAAUGAAAAUUGUAAAUAUCUCUUUAAUAUUUGUUCCAAAAGAGUUGAAUUAAGUGCAAAUCGUAUUGUUGGAAUUUAUUACAAUCUUUUGAACACAGUGAUGGGUCAGUGCAUGGAAUACUUUGACAUUUCAUCAAACAGGAUCGUAUAUAUCAACACAUGGUACAUGGCAGAUUUUUUGACUCGAUAUCCAAAUCUGCAGGUCUUUAACUAUAGCUCAAAUAAUGACAAUAGUAAUUGUGAGGGUUCUUCGCAGUAUCCUUUCCAACAACUUGCAGCAUCGAGAAUGAUUGACACCGAAAACAUUUCACAGUAUGCAUCCAAUAUUUUUGUAUCCAACAAUGCAAGAAAAACACAUUUAAAAAAAAGAGGGAUAAUAACAUUCAAAAUGUCCGAAAAACUAACAGUGUUGCAGGUCUCCAAAAAUCAUGUGAAACUGUUUACUUUUCCAUCACUAUUUGAUUUCGCUAUCAUUGCCAAAAAUUUAAAAGAAUUGUAUUUAGAUCAUAUUAACUUGCCAUUUAAAUAUAUGUUACCUAUUCAAGCCCCUUCCUUGGAGAUUAUCGACAUUUCGUACAAUGAUUGCAGGGAAAUAAAAGCAGACUUGUUUAUGUAUACUUUGAAACUGAGAAUAUUUUUGGCAUCUUAUACGAAUUUAAGCUAUGCUGGUUCUCUUAAAAAUGGAACAUAUUUCCGUGGAUUAAAUAACCUUUGCAUAGCUGACUUAAGCCGCAAUUUGUUAACUUAUAUGCCAGCAAAAAUGUUCGUAGAUCAAAAACAUUCGCUAUUAACUAUCAGUUUAGAUUUUAACUUGUUCUCGACCAUUCCUGUGUCAAACUUGAAAAAUCUUAAGCGCUUAUAUUUACGUCAAAAUAAAAUCUCAUUUUUUUCCAGAAAUGCUAUUGAAAAAGUAUUGUCCAUGGAAAAUGCUAUUGUUUUCAUUGAAGGAAAUCCUAUAAGUUGCGAAUGCACACACAUUUGGUCACUGAAAUGGAUGAAAGAAAACCAAGACAGGUUUGGAGAUUUGAAUAAAACCUUUUGCAUCAACAAAAAAAUGUGGCUGUCGAUGUUCCUUCGCCAAAAGGUAUUUGAAAAGUUUGAGUUGGAGUGUCAGUCAGAUGCAUGGUUAAUAGGUACCUUAAUUGCAUUGGCGUUGCUCAUGAUUGUUUUACUUACUUCAGCAGCAUUCAAACGUUAUCGUGUUCAUGUGGAUUACGUCAUUUUACGCCUGCGUAGUCGAUGGAAAGGCGUCAUGCACGUUUCGAAUUCGGAUGAGUUUCGGUUUGAUGCUUUUGUCUCCUACACCGAGGAAGACUACCAACUCGCUUGCAUUACUUUUUACAAAGCUCUGACCAGUCUGGGUUUCAAAAUCAGUGUACCUGAUAAAGACUUUUUACCCGGAAUAUCUAAAUCGGAACAACUACUUCAAUGCAUUGACCAGAGUCGAAAAGUUGUCAUUAUUGUCACCAAAAGUUUUCUAGAAAACGGCUGGAACUCGUACGCGGUGCAAAUGGUUGUUACACAUGCUUUUCAUAACCAAAGGGAACGGUCAAUUAUAGUAGUAAUCAAAGACGACAUUUCCAUCGCGAGAUUGCCUAGAGACCUUAAAUAUAUUUGGUGGUCUAUAGUCAGCAUCAGAUGGCCAGAUAGAAACGAGAACUUAAAUAAAUUCUGGGAUGAAAUUGUUGCCGCUUUACGCACUGAUUAAAAGCGGGACCAUUUACGAGUGACGUCAUCAAAGUACUGUAGUUUGACAGUUUUGGACGUAUUUAUCAUAGUUUGACAAUCACGAAGUUUUUGUAUGUACCUUGCUUUAAAAUUGUUAUGCUAGCUAGUAGCAAAGCAAUAGCUAGUUCUUUGCAUGUUAAAAAUUCAAUGUUUUAAUUUUGGAUUAAUUUAAUUACGCUUUCUUUUAUAUUUUAGAUGUACAUACCUUGGAGUGUAUUUAUUCACUAUUAUCUACGACAAAUUGCUGUGAAAUGAUUCAUAUACUGUAUCUAAUAUACAUCUUUAGUGUUUCGAAGAAUUAUUAAUUCAAGGGUGUAAAAAACCUACAUUACAAAUGAGCAUAUAAUAAUACUUCCGAAUCAAUAUUUUUAUUUUAAUAAAAGAAUUUAAGAUUAUCACAGUAUCACCAUUAAACGCGUCGAAAUUAAACGAAACAUAAAAUUCUGUAAGAAUUUCGCUUUGCUUUUUAUAAACAUCUUGAAAUUUCAGUGUAAACUUAAGGUAGAA